AUGAGAAGUUCGCGGGAGCUCGGGGACCGAUCCAAGUAUUGCCGUUUCCAUCGACAAAACAGACAUGACACCGAGGAGUGCCGCGAGUUGAAACGGCAGAUUAAGAAGCUCAUUCGCGGAGGACACCUCGGCCGGUACCUCCGACAAGCCAAGGAGCUUUCACCCCGCCCGGAGGGCCCUGUUGAGCGGCAGAUUGACGUGAUAACAGGCGGCCCAGCAUUCGGGGGGAAUAGUAUGUCCGGGCGAAAGACAUACGCCCGCGCCGCGGCGGCCGAAGCCCCCAAACGCGGACCCGAGCCUGAGGUCACGUUCCUGGCCAAAGGAACCGAGCGAUUCGAGCACGAUGAUCCACUCGUAAUAGCGGCCAGGAUCGUCGACGCCCAAGUGAAGAGGAUCAUGAUCGACACAGGGAGCUCAGCCGACGUGCUCUACCUGGAUGCGUUUCAAAAGCUCGGGGUAACUAGAGACGCCUUGGAACCGAUGUGCUCGGCACUCACCGGGUUCACCGGCAACUCGAUCUCACAGUUGGGAGCGAUCACCUUGCCCCUAACCCUGGAAGUCCCACCAAGGUCCAAGACGGUGAUAGCGACCUUCUUGGUGGUUGACCUCCCCACUGCAUACAACGCAAUCCUUGGCCGCCCGACCCUCAACAAGAUCAGGGCUGUUAUCUCCACUUACUACCAAACAGUGAAGUUUCUGACUCACACCGGGGUCAGGGAAGUCUGGGGAAGUCCCCUCGAAUCUAGACGGUGCUACUUGACGGCGGUCUCAUUACACAAAAGGGCAAGGACCGAACAAGCACUAGGGGAUCCCCGGGAAACAAAGAAACCGACCCAACAUCUUGAGCCAAUGGAGUCCACUAAUAGCUUACCCCUAAUAGAGGGUCGGCCAGACCGGACGAUCAAAAUCGUGUCGGAACUCCAUGAGUGA